CCAUAUAUGGAUGAAAACUUUGUCUCAAGAGCCUUUGCCACCAUGGGAGAGCUCGUACUGAGUGUAAAAAUCAUUCGAAACAGGUUGACAGGAAUUCCAGCAGGCUAUUGCUUUGUAGAAUUUGCAGAUCUAGCUACUGCAGAGAAAUGUUUACACAAAAUCAAUGGAAAACCGCUUCCUGGUGCUACACCGGCAAAGCGAUUUAAAUUGAAUUAUGCAACGUACGGAAAACAGCCUGAUAACAGUCCAGAAUAUUCACUUUUUGUGGGAGACCUGACUCCUGAUGUGGAUGAUGGCAUGUUAUAUGAAUUUUUUGUUAAAGUUUAUCCAUCAUGUAGAGGUGGAAAAGUUGUUUUGGACCAGGCAGGAGUAUCCAAAGGUUACGGGUUCGUGAAAUUCACGGAUGAACUGGAACAGAAAAGAGCGCUGACAGAGUGUCAAGGAGCUGUGGGGUUGGGCUCUAAACCUGUACGCUUGAGUGUGGCUAUACCAAAAGCUAAUCGUGUGAAACCAAUGGAGUACAAUCAGAUGUACAACUAUAAUUAUAACCAAUAUUACCAACAAUAUCACAACUACUAUGCCCAGUGGGGCUACGACCAGAACACAGGCAGUUACAGCUACAGCUAUCCCCAGUAUGGAUACACGCAGAGCACAAUGCAGACAUAUGAAGAAGUUGGUGAGGAUGCAUUGGAAGAUCCGACGCCUCAGUUGGACGUCCAGGAAGCAAAUAAACAGUUUAUGGAACAGAGUGAAGAGCUCUAUGAUGCCUUGAUGGACUGUCAUUGGCAGCCUUUGGACACUGUCUCGUCAGAGAUUCCAGCCGUGUUAUAG